CGCCUCUGCUCAAAUCUUGCCGCAUGCACAGCACACCCGCAUUUUCUGUCGAAGCUAAAAAUUUAUAAAUCUAAAGUCAAAAUUAAUUCAUCGUCUUAAUUUUUUGUAAAUUACUUAAAUUGACAAACUUGGAGAAUGUCUAGAAAUUCGGGAAGUGUCCAAAAUCAGGACUUUGAAGACUAUGUCUCGUCUGUGAAACAAAAAUCUGAAGAGUUAAUUAAGAACGUUUUUCCAAAGAGGAUCGUCGAGCUGAACGAGAUCCUGGAUUCACCCUUGUUCAAUUUGGACGUUCAAAAACAGGGUUUAUCAAUUCCAUUAAACAUACCCGUUCCGGAUGCUCAAGCCAUAUCCAAAGCACUGAACCAUACUAUUCAGAACAACCACAAUGAUGAGGAAGAGUCCCCCGCAGGGAAGAAACGCAAGCUGAAUAACGUCAAAAAUGGUCCAAUUGUAGAGGAUCAGAGUAUCAUUGCCACUGGAACGAAGGUGCUCGCUUUGCCUGAAGGCCAGGUCACCGUGAAUAAAACAAUCUCGAAAAUGUUUGAUGUGGUGAAACCUCAGAUUCGGCAGCUGGUCGAAUACUCGAAUUUGUUGAAAAUGUGGGUUACUUUUCUCAUUCCAAAAAUUGAAGACGGGAACAAUUUCGGAGUUUCCAUUCAGGAAGACACGCUUGGAGAGAUAAGGACAGUUGAAGCAGAAACGGCUACUUUCUACGAGCAAAUUACCCGAUAUCACAUGAGUCGAGCUAAACUUAUUUCAAAGCUUGCCAAGUAUCCUAUAAUCGAAGACUACCGAAGGGUCAUUGCCGAAAUAGACGAAAAAGAGUUCAUCUCCCUCCGAUUGAUCAUUUCCGAAAUUCGAAACCACUACGCGUCUCUAUUUGACUUGAUUAGCAAGAACUGGGAGAAGAUAAUCAAGCCAAGGACUUCAAAUUCCGAGAAUCUAUACUGAUUACACGAAUAACUAAAUCUUAAACUCUAAGCAAAAGCAACAAUAAUGGCGAAACGAUAUUCCUGUGGAAGAUGCACCCUUCACGACACAAGACGAUUGACUUUUACUUUGGUGAUAUGAUUACAUGAUUGAUGUGUGUAGCAAAGCAACUUCUUUAUGAUAAUGAAACAGGAUGGAUAAAUGGAUAAAUAAAAAUGACUUGAGUUUAUUAA